AAACCCGCCUCGUCCCGUUUCCCAUUUUCCUUCUCUCUUUAGCCCUCUUCGUCUCACCACUCCCUCGUGGUCCCCACUUCGCACGUGUUGCCAAACCAUUGCGUCACCCCUCCACUUGUCGCCCUCUCACCGGCGCCGCUUGGUCCUUUAUAUUGCUACCUAACCGCCACCACUCUGUGCAGCCUCACCACUUCUCCUCCUCCCCAAUUCUUCAUCACCAAUUUACGCCUAUAUAUUUUUUUUUUCAUAUUCAUUACUUUCGAUUCUCCGAUGGAGAGCACGGACUCGUCCUCCGGUUCUGGUCACCCGCAGCUCCCUCCCGGGUUCCGGUUCCACCCGACCGACGAGGAGCUGGUUGUCCACUACCUCAAGAAGAAAGCCGCCUCCGCUCCGCUUCCGGUCACCAUCAUCGCCGAGGUCGACUUGUACAAGUUCGAUCCAUGGGAGCUACCGAGUAAGGCCACGUUUGGGGAGCAGGAGUGGUAUUUUUUCAGUCCCAGAGAACGGAAGUACCCGAACGGAGCUAGGCCGAACCGAGCGGCGACCUCGGGGUAUUGGAAAGCCACCGGAACCGACAAGCCGAUUCUGACCUCGAACGGAAACCAAAAGGUCGGCGUCAAGAAAGCUCUGGUUUUCUACGGUGGCAAACCUCCGAAAGGAAUCAAAACCAAUUGGAUUAUGCACGAGUAUCGCCUCGUCAACGACGACAAUUCCAGCGCCGGCCUCAAGCCUCCUGAUCCGACCAACAAAAAAGCCUCCCUAAGGCUGGAUGACUGGGUUUUGUGUCGGAUUUACAAGAAGAACAAUGCGCAGAGGCCUAUGAUGGAGUGUGAUCAUCACAAGGACGAGGACUCUACGACUACCAACUCGAUGGAGGGUAUUUUCGUCCAGUCAAUGCCGAAGCCAUCGCCGCCGAAGCCUACUAACUACACGGCGUUGCUGGAAAACGACGAGGACAAUUUCUUCGAAGGGAUAUUAUCGAGUGAAGGCGUGCAAAACAGUAGUCAUUCCAACCUUUCCCAUCAGUUCAUGUCAAGCUCGAAAAGCGACGUCGUAAUGCCUGCGAACAACCACACCUCCAAGCGUCAGCUUGCGUCGCCGUUUUGGAACGAAGCGGGGGGAUCAUCAUCGAUGGGGACUAAUUCAUCGUCGAGCAAGAGGUUUCAUACUGAUCUCAAUAGCGGUGGUGGCAGUGGAGGUGGAGGUGGGGUUGAUGAAAGCAACACCUCUUUUGUUUCUAUGCUCAACCAGCUACCUCAAAACGCGGCGUUUCACCACAACUCGCUUCUUGGGUCGCUUGGGGAUGGGGUUUUGCGCCCACAGUUUCAUCUUCCCAGUAUGAAUUGGAACUCAUAAGAAUUCAGAACCAGAAUAUAUUGAUAUGAUGUAGCUAGAUAAUCUCAUUGGGGUGUAACUAUAGCACAAAGAUACGGGUGAGGUAUAUUUUACAUUCAUAUAUUUUUAUUUUUUAAAAUUUUAGAGACA